AUGUUUGCUUUGUUCUUUUUAAAGUCUUUUACAAGUUUUUCAUCGCAGCAGAAUUACCUUUUUAUUGGCUUUUUCGAUUUCGAUUCAUUUUCUUUUCCUUUUUUCCUUCCUAUUUUAUUCUCCUUCUUCUUUUUCUUCUUUUUCUUUUGCUUCUUCUUCUCCUUCUUUUUUUUCAUCCCUAAUUAUUAUUCAUUUCUUCAUCUCUUUUCUUUCUUCCUCUACAAAAUCAUCUUUUUUCGUCGUGUUCGUUUAGAUUUUCGUUUUCUUUCCAUUCUUCUUCUUUUCCUUUUCCUUCUUCUUUUUUCUUCUUCUUUUUCUCCUUCUUUUUCUUUCCCUUAUUUUUCUCCUUUUUCAUCAGCUCUUUCUCCUUCUUUCUUCUUCUUAUAUUUUCUUCUUUUUCUUAUCAUUUAUCCUUUUACUUCUUCUUUUCUACUUUUUCUUUUUUUCUUCUUCUUUUCUUCUUUUUCGCCUCUCCUUAUUCUUUUUCUACUUCUCCUUCUUCUUCUUUUUUCUUCUUUUUCUUCUUCUUUUUCUUCUCUUUCUUUUUCUCAUUUUUCUUCUUGUUCUUCUCCGGCUUCUUCCUCGCCUUCCUUUUUUUCUUUUCUUCCUCUUUCUUCUUCUUCUUCUUCUUCUUCUUCUUCUUCUUCUUCUUCAACCACUACAUUUUCCCUUUCUUUCUGUACUCUUUUUACUCUUCUUCUGCCACCUUUUCUCUUUCACUUUUCACUUUUACCUUCUCUUUUUCACCCUCCUCCACUACCUCCACGCUUUUUCUCUACCUUUUUCUACCACCUUCUACACCCUCUUUCUUCAUCUACCUCUUGUUUUUAUUUCUCCCCCUCCUCUUCUUCUUCUUCUUGCCUCCUCCUCCUCCUCCUCCUCCUCUUCUACUUCUUCUUCUUGGCUCCUCCUCCUCUUCACUGCCAUUCGUUUCAUUUUUCUUUUUUCAUUCUUUCUUUCUUUUUUCUUUCUUUGCUUUUUCUGUUCUUUCUUUCUUUGCUUUUCUAUUAUUUCUUUCUCUCUUCCUCUUUCUUUCUUUCUUUCUUUUUCUCUCUUUCUUUCUUUUUUUCCUUCUCUCUCUUUCUUUUUCUGUCUCUUUCUUUUUUGCUUUUCUAUUCUUUCUUUCUCACUUUCUUUCUUUGCUUUUCUAUUCUUUCUUUCUCACUUUCUUUCUUUCUUUCUUUCUUUCUUCUUGCUUCCAUUUAA